AAAUUUUAUAAUAUUUUAAAAAAUUAUAAAAUCCAUUAAACAAAGUUCUGUGUUUAACAUGUGUAAUAUGUUUAACACAUAUAAAAGAAAUAGAGAAAUUCACAGUCCGGUGAGUAUUCAUACAUGAAAUAAGUGUAGUUGCGUCAUGACAGUCAUAAGACAUAGAACGGUGAACAAUGGAUGAAAAUAUUUGGAAACAUACAAAAUCAGUAGAAAUUCCAGAAGAAGCUCUUAGACAAACACUAGAGAAUGAAAAAUCUAUAACAGAAAAAUUAUAUGCACUAGUAAAACGAUCUCCAUUUGCUGUAGCUGGUUUAACAGGUUUAUCUAUUGUAUGUGGAAUAGGUAUAUAUAAAUGGAAAACAAAAACAGUAAAUCCUUCUAUAUAUUUAGUACAGCUAAGAGUUGCAGCUCAGGCUACAGCACUUAGUAUUAUAGGUCUAGGAAUGAUAUAUAGCAUGUAUAAUGAUUUUAUACAGAAGAAAAAAAGGAAUGAUAUUCAUUAUGUGAUAUUAAAAACAAAUAGACAUUUAAUAUUAGAAAUUUAAUUAUUUUUAAAGAACAAAUUGCAAUAUAUAUUUAUUAUUUAUUAAAAUAUCCAAAAAACAUGUAAUAAAUAUCAAACUUAAACAAUCUGUGUAAUUUUUAUUAUAUUCAAUGUAAAAAAAUGUUAUGUAAUUA